GUGGGCAUAUCGUUGGGUCACCCGAUCUUUGAGCGAUCGCUGCUCACAGCCCGCGGAGAUGUCUGGAAACAGAUCCGGACUAUUGUGAGCCCAACCUUCUCGAGCGGCAAAAUGAGAAAAAUGCAAAUUUUAAUCAAAGAUUGUGUGGAAAGAGUGGACAAUAAGUUGGAAACUUUGGCCAACAGUGAGAACAACGAGAUUGACAUAAAGAAAGUGUUUGUCAAUUACACGAUGGAUGUGAUAGCGUUGUGUGCGUUCGCCACUAAACUCCAGUCGCAUAGCGGCGCCGAAGAGCACCCAUUCAUUCACAACGCGUCCCAAUUUUUCAGACCGACCGUACGGUUCGGUCUGUUCUUCAUUCUCAACCAAUUGAUGCCAUCGAUUGUUAAGAAAUACGACAUCUCUUUCCUUCCCAAACAUUACAUCAAUUAUUUUAAAACAACAUUGGAAACUAUAAUAACCGAAAGGCAGUCCCAGAAGGGGCCAAAAAACGUUGACUUUUUACAACUCCUAAUCGACGCUCAGAACAGAACCGAUACGAAAGACAUCGACGAAGACAUUAGGCUUGAAGUGCAGAGGAUUAGCGAAUCGAUGAAGAAGAAGGGCUUCCAAUUGCAAGACAUGGAUAUCUUAGCGACGGCUCUGUUAUUCGUUUUGGCCGGUUAUGAGACGACGGCCUCUACUCUAUCGUAUCUCUUUCACGAGUUGGCGCUGAAUCCGGAAUCGCAACACAAAUUGUUUGAAGAGAUCACCAAAUUUGGUCCAAAUGUUGAAUACGAGACAAUCGAAAAGAUGCCGUAUUUGGACGCAUGUAUUUCAGAGACACUCCGACUCUAUUCACCUCUAGUUAUGUCACAACGGAUUGCGUCCGAAGACUACGAUUUGGGUGACACAGGAUUAGUGGUACACAAGGGAAUGGCAGUUCACAUACCGCUGUAUGCCAUACACCACGACCCGCAAUACUAUCCCUCACCCGAUCGGUUCAUUCCCGACAGAUUUAUGCCCGAAAACAAGGACCGACUCAUUCCCUACACAUACCUACCCUUCGGGACGGGUCCACGAAAUUGUGUGGGAAUG